AUGCAAGGGACGGCUGUUUUAGAUGAGUUGAAUGGUGCUGCGUUAAAUGUAUUUUCAAAGUCUGGCCAGAAAUUUUCUUGCUCUUGGUCCAAUGAAAAUCACAGCACAAGUGCAAAUAAAACUCUGAAUUUAUCAAACAGUGUUGUAUUUUCUUUACUUCCGUCACUCAAUGAGUCUGACUGUCUAACAUCGACAAAAGGCUGGUGGACCUAUGAAUUUUGUUUCCGCAAGCAUGUUGUUCAAUACCAUGAAGGAUCGAGGAAGUCUUCUGAGACACUUCUCGGUGUGUACGAACGUGAUUAUGAUUGGGACAACUCUUCACAGAAUGAAAACAAGCCGAAAUAUCACAGCCAGUUUUAUAUAAACGGUAGCGUUUGUGACAUAACCGGCAAACAUCGAAAAUCGGAGGUGCAGUUUUUGUGCUCUGAUACAAGCAAUUUUCAUAUUAUUUCGGUGGAUGAACCUGAAACAUGUGUGUAUUUGUUAAAAAUAUCAUCUCCAACUUUGUGCAUGAAUGAACGAUUCACUGUAGAAGCUCCUGUCAAAACACAGGAUAUUAUGUGUCAUCCUGCUCUGAGUGAAUCUGAUUAUCGUAGCUACCAAGCCUCAAUAAAAUCAGCGAAUUCAAAUAUUCAGUCACCCAUGGUUGAAAGUCCAAAAUAUGCUCCAAGAUCUCUGAAGCGCAGCUUCACUUACAAAAGUAUGCAUGAUAAACUUCGUCAUAAUCGCCGAAGAAGUCAAUUAAAUUCGUUUAGACGUUCACAUAGUACCUUAUUCCACUUAAAUGCAGUAAAUGCCUAUAACACUUUGUCUCUUUUUAUUCAAAUUAGUGACAAUUUCGCAAAUUUCACUUCUUUCCUUGUGUCACAAGUUGAUAUUCCUUCUACUAUCCCCAUGGAUUGUCUCAGAGUCAUGAUCAUUAUAUUUAAGAGUCUUUAUACGGAAAUGGAAGGUUAUUAUGAAGUAACUAAUCAGGCUGCGACACCUAAUCAAGCGAUUGGAUUACUUUAUGCUUUUAAUUUAACUGAUAUUUAUCAAUCGGGGAAUCGUAUAUGGGAUAUGGUAUCUAAAUAUUCAGAUCAUAAUACAGCACAGAAACUGUUAUCCAUUGUGAUACGUGCAUACAAAAAAUACGAAAUAAACAUUCCAAACGUUGAAGACAUACCUUUAUCCAAAUUUUUACAAAAUAACUCUAACAAAUUGCAUCUCAAGGAGAAGUUCAAUUUUCAAUUUUUAAACUCUCAACUCAGUGAAAAGUUAUCAAAGCAAUCAGGUUAUGAAGACUAUGCAAAACUAUUUCCGUUAUUGGAUACUGUUAAAGAAAUUACCAAUCUGUUUUUAGCACUUUUAAAAUUACGUGUUCAACAAUUUAUGAAGUUGUAUAUUGAAUUAGAAAUCAAUAAUAUUAUUGAAGUACAGCUGGAACAAACUCUUAUCAAUGUGUUGACUAAUUCAAAGGUGAAAGUGAUUGCCGUCCGAGGAAGUGGUGGUGAUAGUGACGCUAUAAAGCGUAAAAUUAUGAAGCCUACAGCUGGUGUGGCUAUGACUAAAAAUCGAUUGAAAUACACUCGUUCAGAAUCACACGUUGGACAGCAGGAAAUUAUGGAGAUGAUACAAAAAAUUGUUACAAAUUUAGGUUCAAAAGCCUCAGAUGAAUUUGAUAUAUUCGAAACUUCAGAUAAUCAAGCAGGAAUAUCAACGUUUUUCAUCAUGCCGGGUGGACCAAAGAAGAAAGAAGAGAAGCGUGUAAGAGAGUUGGAGAAAAACUAUCAAUUCACUUUCUCGCAGGGUAACAACGGAAAUAAUUAG